AUGCUUCCCAGAACAUCUCAGAAGCUAUGUGAAAAUGAUGAUAUUUCUGUCUUGACCAAGAAAGAAAUUAUUUUCCACUCGUUUCCUACAAGGUGGCACGUCACCUUACACAUGGUCAAAACUUAUAUGCAAGCUACCAAGAUUUUAUCAGACAAUCAAUAUUCUGUACAAGGCCAAUUCGCCCAACCUCAUGAACAACAAGAAAUGUAUCCUCCUCCUGAAGACUCGUAUCCUCCAGAUGAAUUGUACCCUCCAACAGGUGAUCAAGGCUAUUAUGCCUCUGAACACUACCACUACUACAAUGAAGCACAUUGA